GAGCAGUUGGAUGAUUUUUAAUAAACUCAUCCAAAAAAUGAUUGGAAUCCGGCUGAGUCUGAUCGGAGCAGUUAACUGGAGCUGAUUCAGUCUAAAAUAGAAAAUGACCUAAAUACCCCUACUUAGUUUAGAAAAUUUCACUCCUAAAACCUAAUCCUCUUCUCUUUCAUUCGUCGACGAUUCUCUGUUUUUGUUCUCUUUACAAACAAAAUCAGCUCUCUCUCUCCGCCGGAUCUCUCGCCGGCCGUCCACUUCGCCGACCGUUUCUCUCCGCCGGAUCUCUCGCCGUUCUCUCCGCCGAAUCUCUCGCCGUUAGUUUAAGGAUUUUCCCGGUUCGUUAGUACCAGGAUUUUGAAGCUAGACCGGGAACAAAUAAUUAAACGGAUCAUGGGUUUACCGGUCCGGGUCCGGAAAAACAUUGGUUAGAAACUAAUCUUUUUGGCCCAACCCAAAAAAAGCUUCACGGCGUUUGUUCUUCUUCCUCUCUCUGCGCCGCCUUCACUCGCAGUCGCAGAUUUUUGCCCUGGUGAAUUCUGGAACUUCAAGGGAAAUCAAAUACGCAUUACAUUUAGUAAAAAGGUACUUUUUUGGUAAUGGAAACUACUCAAAGAGAGGAGCUUUCGAGCUUCUUAGGUGUUCUUCCUCCUGUGGAUUUCUGUUGUGUUUAUGGUUCCACAUUGCAUCCAAAUAACCAAGAUAAGUCUAAAAUGGUGGACUAUAUCCUUGGAGUCUCUGAUCCUAUGAAAUGGCACUCUCUGAAUCUGAAAAUGAAUUCAGAUCACUAUGCUUCGUGGAUGGUUCACCUUGGUGGAGCCAGACUGAUUACAAAUGUUGCCGAUAAAGUAGGAGUUGGAGUUCACUUCAAUCCGUUUGUCAAUUGGAAUGACAGGAAGCUCAAGUAUGGGGUUGUUCGGAUGCAUGACCUAGUACAGGACAUACUAGACUGGAAUAGAUUCUACUUGAGUGGCCGUUUACAGAAACCGGUUCAUAUGCUUGUUGAUAAUCUGGACAUAGAGGAUGUGAAUUCUGUUAAUAAGAGAGCUGCAGUAUCUGCUGCUCUUCUUCUCUUACCAUCAAAAUUCACCGAGGAAGAUCUAUACGCCAAAAUAUGCAGCCUUUCUUACAUGGGAGACCUGCGCAUGUUUUUUGCAGAGGACACUAAUAAGGUGAACAAGAUUGUAAAGGGACAAUUUGAUAUUUUCCAGUCAAUGUAUAAGCCUUUUAUUGAAGAGUGCGAGACCAAAAACUUAUUGAGAUUCUCAUCGGCUGAAGCUAGUCACACUAAAUUAGUGCAGGAUUCUAGCCUGUCAGCAACACGUUCUCUGGUCUAUUCUCUUCCCACAUCAGUGAGAAGCCUAAUGGGGAAGUCACUCGGGGAGAAGAAAUUCGUGAGUGAGACAGGUAGAGUUAUGGGAGAAGUUUGUAUAGCUUCGAGAGAAGAAGCAGCGAAAUGUAUGGGGAAUGUAAUGAAACGAAGGGUAAUGGUUUCAAGCGCAAGACAAGCUGUAUCUGGUUUCUUGGCUGCUGGAGCUAUCAAUGCAACAAUGUAUCUUUCCCAAAAAAUGCGUAAAGCUUGGAACUCUCGGGCAUGAAGACUUUGCAAAAACUCCCUACGAAGGUUUAGAUGAACAAGUUGAGGAAAGUUUUGAUCUUGUCUCCAAUAAUUGAUCAUUCUUUUUUUUUUUUGUUUCUAAGUAACAAGUUUUUUGUUAAUCCCAAGGGGUUUUGUCUUCCGAUGUCAUGAUAGAAUCAUAGAACAAUAGCAACAAGGACCACCUAUAGGUACAAGUUAGUACAUUUGGGCGUAGGUCAAUGAGCUUAUUAUUCUCUUUCUCACCAACAAUCUUUUGUGAUAAUGUUGCAUGAGAUUUAUAAAAAAAUGUUUCUCAAGUAAUAACAAUAAUCAUUAUGUUUGUGUUU